AUGGUCCACAUCGAUCCAAAGUAUCAAGUUCCCCGAGACUUCGAGGGUUACGGCGAAGAAGGCUUUGACGCAAAGUGGCCCAGUGGCGCCCGCAUCGCUGUUUCCUUUGUGUUGAAUUAUGAAGAGGGAGGCGAGCGCUGUAUCCUGGACGGCGACAGCAUCUCAGAGCCAUACCUCUGGGAGAAAGGCGCAUCCGGUGGACACCGUGAGAAUGCACGCUACCUCAAUGCUGAACACGAUUUUGAAUACGGCAGUCGUGUAGCCUCAUGGCGACUGAUGCGCUUGUUCAAGGAGUUCGGCUGGAACUUCACAACCUACGCUGUCGCCGUAGCCCUGAAGAAGAACCCCACAUUUGCCAAAGCCUUGGUACGCGAUGGACACGAGAUCGCUACCCAUGGCUUGCGGUGGAAGGACUUUUGGGACUUCAAUCUCGAUGAGGAUAAGGAAUAUGUGAAGCAGAGUCUGUUGCUGAUCAAGGAGGUCAGCGGCGAAAUGCCAGUGGGAGCCUACUUUGGUCGCGGAACCCCACAAACACAUCACCUGUUCCCUGAAGUGUGGAAGGAACUAGGCGAAGAGUUCCUUUGGUCAUCGGAGUGCUACAAUGAUGAUGUUCCUUACUGGCUUGACCUGCCAUGGGAGGACCAGCUGCCUGAGAAUGAACGUGAGGGCAUGCUGCUGAUCCCAUACAAUUAUGACUGCAAUGACGGCAAAUUCCACAUGUCUCCCGGUUUCGGCUCGAGUGUGGGCGAGAGCUAUGAGAAUUACCUCAAGAACACGUUCGACAUGUUGUACCGCGAGGGCGGCAAGAUGAUGAACAUCCCCUUGCACACGCGCAUUAUUGGUAAACCCGGCCGAUGCGAGGCCCUUCGCAAAUUUAUGGAAUAUGUCGCCUCUAAGCCUGGCGUCUGGGUGACUACCCGGCGGGAGAUUGCGAAGCAUUUCCGGUCUACGUUCCCUUAUCAACCGAAUAGGAAAUGGGUUGAUGAUGCCAGGAAGCAGGAAUAA